AGCGCAGCACGUCAUGCCGCAUGUGUACUGGGCGGGCUAACUGCCAUGAUCCAUGUGACGUCACAUAGCGAUAUAUAUAUAUGUACGCCGGCACUGAAUAAACUGAUUCCAUUCCCGGUUUGGCUGCGUGAUGACGUUAUAACAACUGGCGACGAGGGUCUUGCAUACCCACGUAAGCGACGGCCUUGGUCCUGCACGGGUGGACAGGCACGAACGGAAGCAAGCGAGCGGAGUUUUCGUCCAGCUUCAAGGCGCUGCACGUGCUCCCGGAGUACGGCACCGCCCACCGAACACCCCUGCGGAGGAAGUACUCGGCCACAAGGAACGACAACGGGGCUUGGAGCUGGCAGCACGUCCAAGCAAGGAAAUGCCAAACUGAUGAGUAACGGAUAUAUGUACUGCUGUCGAAAUGCCGCCACUGGGAAAGAUGUCCGAGUUCGACCCGAAAACGCAAAACUUCGAGUCGUACUUAGAGCGUUUUGAACAUUUCUUAACGGCUAAUGAUAUCGCCGACGCAAAGCGCCUUCCCGUCUUUUUGACAGUCAUAGGACCAGAGGCUUACGAAGUACUGAGAAGUCUUGUUGUGCCGGCAGCCCCGGGAGAAAAGUCGUACGCAGAAGUUAAACGCCUCCUGAAGGAGCACUACAGCCCCAGGAGUUCCGUAAUAGCAGAACGAUGCAAGUUCAAUCGGCGCGUACAACAGGAGGGCGAAAGCGUGGAGGGGUUCAUCGUGGAACUUAAACAUUUAGUCAGAAAAUGUGACUACGGUGACUUUUUGCAAGACGCCCUCCGAGAUAGGCUGGUUGCUGGCAUACGGAACGAAGAGACCCAGCGUGCCCUGUUUGCUGAACGAGAGCUGACAUUUGAUGGCGCUUGCAAAAUCGCCCUGGAUAGAGAACUAGCGGCGCGAGACACUGAACAACUGCGGUCAAGAGAACGACAGGCACCCGUGCUAGUCGGACAGCCCGCUAUCUCAAGCUGGGAGGACUGGGAGGUCCUGCUCUCGUCUACGUACCCGACAUCGCAGCUUACUGCGGUGGAUCGGGCUGCCGACGUCAUGAACAAAAGAGACAUGAACGUCUUGACGUAG